UAGCCAUGGUGCUGUGGGAGUCCCCGCGGCCGUGCGGCGGCUGGACGCUGUGCGAGGGCUUCUGCUGGCUGCUGCUGCUGCCCGUGCUGCUGCUGCUCGCGGCCCGCCCGGCCCGGCUCGCGGCGUUCCCUACCUCCCUGAGCGACUGCCAGACGCCCACCGGCUGGAACUGCUCCGGUUAUGAUGACAGAGAAAAUGAUCUCUUCCUCUGUGACACCAACACCUGUAAAUUUGAUGGGGAAUGUUUAAGAAUUGGAGACACUGUGACUUGCGUCUGUCAGUUCAAGUGCAACAGUGACUACGUGCCUGUGUGUGGCUCCAAUGGGGAGAGCUACCAGAACGAGUGCUACUUGAGGCAGGCUGCCUGCAAACAGCAGAGCGAGAUACUCGUCGUGUCUGAAGGAUCCUGUGCCACAGAUGCAGGAUCAGGAUCUGGAGAUGGAGUUCACGAAGGCUCAGGAGAAACCAGUCAGAAGGAGACAUCAACCUGUGAUAUUUGCCAGUUUGGUGCGGAAUGUGAUGAAGACGCCGAGGACGUCUGGUGUGUGUGCAACAUCGACUGUUCUCAAACCCACUUCAAUCCCCUCUGUGCUUCUGAUGGGAAGUCUUAUGACAACGCGUGUCAGAUCAAAGAAGCAUCGUGUCAGAAACAGGAGAAAAUUGAAGUCAUGUCGUUGGGUCGAUGUCAAGAUAACACAACUACAACAACUAAAUCUGAGGAUGGGCAUUAUGCAAGAACAGAUUAUGCAGAGAAUGCCAACAAGUUAGAAGAAAGUGCAAGAGAACACCACGUACCUUGCCCAGAACACUACAAUGGUUUCUGCAUGCACGGGAAGUGUGAACGCUCUGUCAAUAUGCAGGAGCCCUCUUGCAGGUGUGAUGCUGGUUAUACUGGACAACACUGUGAAAAAAAGGACUACAGUGUACUGUACGUUGUUCCCGGCCCUGUACGAUUUCAGUACGUCUUAAUCGCAGCUGUGAUUGGAACCAUCCAGAUUGCUGUCAUCUGUGUGGUGGUUCUCUGCAUCACAAGGAAAUGCCCCAGAAGCAACAGAAUUCACAGACAGAAGCAAAACACAGGGCACUACAGUUCAGACAACACAACAAGAGCAUCCACGAGGUUAAUCUAAAGGGAGCAUGUGGCACGGCGGCCGGACUUCCGAGAGCUGGGACUACACAGUACAGUAUUAUAGAUAACAGAAUAAGACAAGCGAUCUACACAUGUUGCCUUGCAUUUGUGGUAAUCUACACCAAUGAGAACAUGUACUACAGCUAUAUUUGACUAUGUAUGGAUAUAUUUGAAAUAGUAUACAUUGUCUUGAUGUUUUUUCUGUAAUGUAAAUAAACUAUUUAUAUCACACAAUAUAGUUUUUUCUUUCCCAUGUAUUUGUUAUAUAUAAUAAAUACUCAGUGAUGAGAAAAAAUUGGCCGUCUUAAAUUUGCGGUAUCGCAUACCUGUAAAUAGAAUCAAGCUGGUACAAUCUGUACAGGUACCAAUAUUUCAUCUUCCCCCACAUCUUGAGACAGAGCAUUAGUUUAUACAGGACUCAGUGGCUAGGUUUUGAGUGA